GUAAAAUUAUAGCAUGAAUAGUAACUUCGAGUAGAGAAGCAUAUUUGAUUCACUAUUUAUAAUACAGUAAAUUACUAGUAGCAUAAGCAGAUUUGAGGUACUAGUUAAGAUACAGUAAUUUCCUGUAGUAUGAACAACAAUUCUUUAGAUCCUCCUUUUUAAGUACGAAGGAGUAGAUAAAUGGAGAUUACUGCCAACUUUCCAACUCUAUGACAUAGAUUUCAGAUAUCUAUAUUGAUACACAUGAGCACAAGAGAACAGCUCAACAUGUUUCAAUUUCAACAAUUAUAAAGCAAGAGGAGAGAAUCAAGAGUACAAAAUAAAGUUCUAUCUUCAAAUCGUUGGUCGUUUCUCUUUCCCAAACACUGUACACAAAAGUUUUCUAUAAUCUUGACUAUGGAGUUGACCUGCUGACUCCUUCCUAAAGUUCUAUCUUCAAAUUGUUGGCCAUUUCUCAUUCUCAUGGUUCAGAGAAAAAGAUACAAGCAUAAAAACAAGAGCCUACAAGUCAUACAAGAGAUCAAGUCAAGUCUACGGUCUUCCCUCCUACGGCUCCUCCUUAUCAUGAAACCGGGCAUCGCCAUUGAAGUCGAGGUCUCCUCUUUAAAGCUUGGUGAACCCUCCCUUCAAAAUUUAGAAGGAUCCCUUGCCAUUUGCAAUGUUCCCUUACGCUUCGUCACAAUCAUCAAACUCUUUAGAGAAUAAUAAGUCGGCUGAAAUGCUAUUUGAGCUCUCUGAUUACCUGAAUUUUUCUGCUAUUGAGCUUCAAGAACAGUGCUUAUCGCCAACUUCUGAACAUCUGCAGAACCAUUUUCUCCUGCAAGAAGAUGGUGAUCAAGUUAACGAGAAAAAUAUAGGUUCUUGUAGCAAGAAAGUAGGUAGGAAGUUGGCGAAGAGUGCUUCCAAGAAAAGCAGCAUUAAGGUUGCCUUCAAAACAAAAUCGGAGCUUGAGAUAUUGGAUGAUGGAUACAAGUGGAGGAAGUACGGGAAGAAAAAGGUGAAAAAUAGCCCAAACCCAAGGAAUUACUAUCGAUGCUCCACCGAGGGAUGCCAAGUAAAGAAGAGAGUAGAAAGACAAUUAGAAGACGCAAGCUAUGUGAUAACAACUUACGAGGGCAUCCACAGCCAUGAUGUCCCCUCUGCAACAAAAUCACGAAGAAACACCUGAUGCACGUUCCUAUUCCUUGGCUUCUGUAUGUGAAAAUCCUUUCUGAGGGCACUUUGGAAAAUGUUAGCAAGCAAGAACAACUUACCAAGUCAUCCGUAAGAGGUCGGUUGUAAUCUUUGACACUUUAUGAGAUAGAUAUGCGAAAGUAGGUCAACCUCGGCACCUUGAAUAUGAUAAUGUUAUCUAUGUUUCAUUAUUGGACAAAUAAGCGUGAGAUCCAUAGAUAUAGGUUCUGUUCUCAUAAGUCGAUGACUGUAUCAGGGACACUGUUAUAUUAGCAAUUACGUUUACCACUAAAAACAUACAAGGGCAAGCAUCAAGAAAGUUGAUACCGCAGAAACCAAUACAUUCUGUUUGUAAGUUAUUUUUUCGUGAUGAUAAUACAUUUUACCUGAUCCGUA